AUGGCUCUUUGGACUUUAAUUACUAUAGUGUCGGUUAUGCACUAUAUACUUCCCAAUGUAGUGGGACAUAUGACGUGCAGUACAUUAGGUACCACAGCAGUUUUAGCAGGCUGUGAGUGCAAUUUUCUUGGGGCCUGUGACACUAAUGGACAAAAAAAAGUUGGCUUAAACAUUAAGGACCACUUACCUAAGGGGCUUGAAAUGUAUGGAUAUGUGGAGAAUGCUUUCAGUGUAAGAAAUUUGGCUUAUUUAUGUGAAGAGAAUACAGUGGCAAUACUGUAUGACUGUAACAGUCGAAUACCACUGUUCUCAGCCAUUGCGAUUAACGGAAGGCAGCUGAAUGGGGCGGACGGCAAUCGGCCGAAAAAACAGUUUCGACUCAGCCGCAGGGUUUUAUACAGAAAAUUUCAACAAUCCAAUAGUGACUACUUAAGGGCGAAGAACCGGGAGAUUUGUUACAAAAAAAGAAGCAAAACUAGAAAAAUUAUUGACAAACGCUGGUACAGAGGAAUGGGCUCGACUUACGGACCUGCUUGUGGUACCAAAGUGGCAGUUCAUAGGGGUCACAUGAUCGCGUCACAGUACGGCAUAGGCAACCCAAGGAAGAAAAUGGCAACCUUUGUUUACACUAACGUGGUUCCUCAGUUUGGAGAUUUUAAUUCCGGCCCGUGGCAAAUUUAUGAACAAAGGCUGAUUGUCUGGGGAAAAACCAACUGUGCAAUGAACGGUGAGGCUCGGAAUGUUCAGUUGUUUAUUGUGGUUGGCGCGAUCCCCUCAACAGUUUUUGGCCCUCAACAAACGAGGUACUUUGGACGUGGUGGAUUCAGCAAUUACCAGGACAAAGACUUUCGUGUGAACGUACCUGAAGUGAUGUGGACAGCUGCCUGCUGCACCUUUGAGUUUAGGGUUCGAAGAAACACUUGGCAAGCUGCCACCAAAAGUACGGCCUUCUGGAGAGAAAAUGUCCCAGGAAAGUCCCCAUGUGUUAUAGAAGACGUAGGUACGUUGGAAAAAAACCUUAAGAAUUGGGCAAAAAGGACUGAUUUAAAGAUAAAUUUGUUUCCAUAUUCAAAAGAAUGCAAAAAGUCCACCAGUUAUAUACCAUUGUAA